ACACACGUACAAAACACACACUCUGAGGUGAGAAAGAGGAAGGUAGUGAGAGAAAGGAAGAAGAAAUGGCGUCGAGCGCUGCUGUUCCGUUCUGGAGAUCUGCGGGUAUGACUUACAUAACAUACUCUAACCUCUGCGCCAAUUUGGUGAGGCAGUGUUUGAAGGAGCCCUACAAAACCGAAUCUUUGACCCGCGAGAAGGUCCACUUCUCCGCUUCUCAAUGGGUCGACGGCAAACCCGAGAAACCAACCACCCGCUCGGAUUCUCCUGAAUGAGGCUGGACAUUUUGGUGUUCAUUAAAUUCUAUUCCAUGCUUCAACAAGCUGGUGAUCUUUUCUUUAUUUUUGUUUUGCUUCUUCAAGAUGUUUGGGUUUGUAAUUCCCUGGAUCCAAUUUACUUGCUGAUAAUAAUGUGAAUUUUUUGACUUAGAUUAUCUGUUAUAUUGGAAAAUCAUUUGGUGAUCUAAAAUAAGUAUUUUGGAUGAAUAUUUCAUUGUUAUUUAUUGAGCUUUUGCUUAAA